AUGUCCCAGUUACACGGCACUCAGGUGGCGCUGCGGCUGGGCGCCACCGUCUCGCCGUUCGUGGUGGACCUGGUGAGCGAGCUGCGGGGCCAGCGCACCGUCGGCCGUGUUCGGGAACGACUAUCGGGAGACUGCAACGGCCAUGGGCGCGCCUCGUUCGGCCGGUGCCGCUGCGACCGCCGCUCCUAUGGCGAACGCUGCCAAUUCUCGAAUGAAUGUGAGCAAGACUCACAUUGCGGGACGUACGGCAAAUGCAUAGACCUCGCUGCUACCACCUACCCGAAGAAGCAGUGCUUCUGCAGGCUGGGCUUCUUUGGAAAGGAUUGCGCUCAGAGGAACCCGGCGGGCAUGCGCAAGAAGAUCACCAACUUCGGCCUGUACCAGAAGCGGGAGAUGUCCCGACAGUGA